GUACAAAAAGCAUUCACAAGCCGACACGAAAGGAGGCCACCCAUUAUCCCACCGUUUACACAUUACACAACUUUACCAUCUCCUCUCCUCCCCUGUGUUAUAUUUUGUCCUCAUAUUCUCAUCUCAUCUCACACACUCUGUCACGCACCCACCAUUCCCCCUCUUCUCUCUCUGCUCUAGCAUGUAUAAUCCCUUUCUCACAACAACAUUGCUCUACCUCAUCGUCUCCUAAAAUGGCUGCUCUAGCUCUUGCACUGCUUCUUUUGGCUUUCACUGGCACUUCAAGUGCAACUUGGUGCGUUUGUAAGGAUGGAGGCGACGCGAUCCUGCAGAAAACAUUAGACUAUGCUUGUGGAGCUGGUGCUGACUGUAACCCUCUCCAUCAAAAUGGGCCUUGUUUCCAGCCCAACACCGUCAGGGCCCACUGCAACUACGCCGUCAAUAGCUACUUCCAGAAGAAGGGUCAAGCUCAAGGGUCCUGUGAGUUUGCAGGAACAGCCACUGUUACUGCAACUGACCCUAGCACUGGUGGUUGUGUCUACCCUUCAAGUGUCAGUGCUGCAGGCACUGGUACAACUCCCGUGACAACUACACCAACCAUGGGCACCACUCCCACCACUGGAACCCCAUCAACCGGUACCGGCACCGGCACCGGAACCACCACUGGUACUACUCCAUACAGCACCACACCUGGAGUAUUAGGAGGCAUUGGCAGUGGCAUGGGACCUUCAGGAUCUGGCAUGAAUGAUGAGAGUCACGGUGGUGUUAGACUAGUGCACUCUGGUUUCUUCUUGAUCACUCUCUUCUCUUCCUUCAUGAUCUUCUGCUGGGGCUGAGAAUGUAAGAGCAAAAUGCUCAAUGUCACUGUAUUAUUGUGAAUGUUAUUUUUCUAGGUGUUGAACUUGGGGACGUUGCUUUUUGGACUCUUGAAAUAUCUUUCUCCACCUUCCUCUAGCUAUUGGGUUUUUGAUUUAUUAAUUAUUGAAUUUGGCAACACUUUCACUCUA